AUGCCUUCCAGACCUGGGUUUCAUACUGCCAGGUUAUCCUCGGGGAUGCUGCUCCACGCCUCCAUCCCAUUUCCCGCCUCAGGUCUACCAACAGCCUGGAUACCGCCAUGCAGUCUGGAUGCAUCGGGCAUCUCCGGUCAAGCCGUUUUCGAGUCGGCUGUAGCAACCGGCUCUGAGCUCAACAGCCUCAUCUCAACGGCCACUGCUUCCACGGCUGUAGUGACUCGUUCCACCGAGCCAGGUCCUCUGCUGUUGCUGCCCCCCUGCUCCGGUUGCUGCCAUCGCCUCGAGCCGGCGCCCUAUCUGCUGCAUGUGGCGCCCGAUCAGUUCUGGCAUCCAACCUGCCUCGUCUGCGUCGCCUGCGCCACUCCCCUCGAGGCCGAAGGGGCAUGCUGGCUACGCCAGGGUCGGCCGUACUGCCAACGCGAUUAUGCACGGUCAGUUGAUACAGCAAAAUGUUGUCUGUACAAGAGAAGCGUUCACAUGUGA